AUGCAGGAGCGGCGUGCAGCUGAGGAGGCUCCGCCGGAGAACGCAUCCGGGGACGGCGAGGCCGGCCCCCCGCCGCCGUACCCUACCCGCACCGCCGACGGCCCCGACCCAACCGCCCGCCCCGUCCCGCGCUCCGACAUCCCUGACGACUAUAACUCCGACCGCCUCCCGAACGAUUACCCCGACCGUCUGCCGAACAACCCCGACCGUCUGCCGAACGACCCCGACCGUCUGCCGAACUACCUCGACCCUCUCCCAAAGGACCCCGACUCUUUCCCGAACGACCCCGACUCUCUCUCGACCUACUCCGACUCUCUCCUGGACGACUUAUACCCCGACGUAUACUACAUGGGACCUGACUACGACGAGUACGGCACUGACGGCCCCGACCCCGACAACCAGACAGAUCCAUACGGCAAUAACAUGUACCCUGGUGACCCUCCCCAUGCCGAGUAUUCUGCCCCAGAACCGCUAGACAGUAACCCAGCAGACACAAAAUGGUCCCCUUACCCAGAACACGAGCCCCAUCCCCCAAGUGAUGUGUCGGAGGAGUUUUCUGCCCAGGAGAAGCUAGACUGGGCCCCGCCGGCAGAGGGUUACCCCUACCCAGACCCUGAGCAGGCUCCCCAUUCCCCGAAUGAAGGAUCAGGAGGGGUCCCGUUCCCCGAAACUGAGUACCCUCCCCGCCGGUUUUCUGACGACCCAGCCGGGGACCCGCCAGGACACCCCGAACCCGCAUGGGACAGCCCUCCCGUAGACCCAGAGCCAGAGAGUUUCCCUGACUGGGAGCCCCGUUCAGAGCCAGAAGAUUGGGCCCAGCCAGAACCCGGCCGGUUCCGCCGGCAUGCCCGUCCCGAGCCCGAAUGGGAGCCCAACCCGGACCCAGAGGCCUGGGACCCGCCAGCAGACCCAGAGUGGGAUCCGGAGCCCCGCCCAGAGUCGUCGGAAGAGUGGACAGACCCCGAACCUGAAUGGGAGCCCCGCCCUGGGUCGUCGUCGAAAGAAGAGUGGGCCCAGCCUGAACAGGAGCCCCGUCCAGGGUCGUCAGAAGAGUGGGACCCGCCAGUUGACUACGAACCCGAAGGUUUCCCCGAAUCCCGCCCAGAAUCAGAAGAGUGGGCCCCGCCCGUAGACCCCGAACCCGAAUGGUACCCUGAACAGGAGCCCCACCCUGGGUCAGAAGAGUUAGCAAACCCCGAAUCUGAGUGGGGGAACCGCCCUGGUUCCGAGGAGUGGGCCUCGCCCGCAGACCCCGAGCCUGAAUGGUACCCUGAGCCAGAAGAGAGGGACCCGUUAGCAGACCCUGAACCCGAAUGGUACCCUGAAGAGGAGCCACAGCCAGAAUCGGAAGAGUGGGAGCCCCGCCCAGGGUACGAUGAUGCCUGGGCCUCGGCUGUAGACCGCCCCACGGGGAAGUACCCCCGCUCCCUGCCCGGGUCCCGACCGUAUAUCGGGGAGACGGACCAGCGGCCGCUCCUGGAGCACCCCGACUGGGUGGGGGACUCCGCACCCCUCCCUAGCCCUGGCCAGCUCCCGGACAGCCCAGCUAACCCACCUAUUGAACCCUACAACCCAGCUAACCCACCUAUUGACCCUGAAAAUCCUGCAAACCCACCCAUAGAACCGUACAACCCCGCUAACCCACCCAUGGAACACAACAACCCCGCUAACCCAUCCAUCGAAGCCAACAACCCACCCAUAGAAACCAACAACCCAGCCAACCCGCCCAUGGCCAACAACAGCACUGCCAAAAUGACAGACUCCCUGCAAUCCGACUUCGCUCGUGCGAAGCGCUCCCUCAGUCACGGCAACGCCAAGCACAAGGCGCACCGCCUGGCCGAUUUCCCGCCACACGGUAACCCGAAACCCCACCCCCAUGCCGACCAGGCCUCGCGCGCCCCUAACCCCGGGCGGGACGCCCCUAAGGCUGAGCGGGACGGGCCCUCGGUUUGGGACGAGCCCUCGGGGCGGGACGGCCCACCAGGGGAAGACGACCCGGUUCCCCUGAAGAGGAAGCGCCACGGCAAGACCAGCCGGGCCCGCGGCGACAAGCCCGCGCACAUGGCCGCCAAGCUGUACUGA